AUGACGACGCGGUGCCUGCCGCUCUUGCUCGCAGCCGUGCUGCUGCUGGCGUCGUCGGUGCACGGCCGAGAGACGCGGGCGCGGGGGAUGGCGGUGGACAUCGGCGAGGUUGUCGUCAAGAACGUGCGGCGCGGCAGCGUUACGAUCGAGGGCGGGGACGACAAGAAGAUCGUCAUCGAGGACGACGGCUGGUCCGUGAACAUCGAGGGCGGGAGCCUGCUCGCGGACUGGGGGGCGCGCGAGCGCGGCAUCGGGGUGAUCAACGUCGCGUUCCCGGAGGGCGUCCUCUACAUCGACGAGGACGGCGCCGGGAAGCUGAAGGUCGGGGGCGAGGAGUGGACGUGGACGCUCGACGCGCGCGGCGAGGUUGUUCUCAGCACGCUGCCCGCCAUGGACCCGCUGCCGUAA